GUGUGUCAUCACGAGACGUUGUGUAUUUCCGUUUUGAUAUACGAUAUCAUUCCUAGAUCGAUGGUAAAGACUGCGUUUAUUACCUCGUUAUAGGAUUGUAAAUUGCGUAGUCGUGCAUUACCUUAUGAAAUUCCACAGUUGGAUUUUGAAAUAAUUUUUUUUUGACAAGGUCGGUAAACAACGUGUUUACCGGCGUACAGGGUAAAUACCCGGUAGUGGCGAUAAACACAAUUGUCGAUGCGCACCAAUCCCUUUUGACAUAGAGUUCUUUCAGUAAUUGCGAGGACACUUAGGAAGAAGAACGUGUAAUACUUACUCGCUAAUAAAAAUGAAGGUGUUUUCGGCGUUUGUGUUCGUUGUGUGCUGUACAGGAUUUUGCGGAGCGAUCCGAUGCUACUCCUGUGAUAGCAAUAUCAACUACAACUGUGCCGACAAGUUCAGUGCCAGUGGAAUCACAGUCUAUAAUAGCUGCGUCCAAUGCUCGAAAGGCAAAGGGGAGACUAGUAAUGCUUACAGCACUGUUCAGUAUGUCAUAAGGGGAUGCGAAUCAAGCAACUAUAGUGACAUUGGAUGCAUCAAUACCAAAGUAAAUUUGGUGGAUGUAAACAUCUGUUACUGCAACACUGACCUCUGUAACAGCGGACCUAGAGUCGCUACAAGAUUCGCCAUAGGCGUGGUACCACUAAUAAUUUUCCUUCGAUGCUUGUAGAGGCUUAUACGGUGAAGUGAUGUUUUGCAACAUAUAUUUCAUAUAUUAAGUUGAAAUAUAUCAUAUUUACAUGUAAAGUGUUUCUGUUUGUAUGGCGUAUACAUUAUAUGUUUAAUACAA